GCGAUCUCCUUAUUGUCACUGGUUCAGUGGACAACAUCAAGAAGCUCCUACAACACCUUGAAGAAAAUAACACCAUUUGCAGCUAAACCACUAUGGUAAUCUGAGGCAGUUCACCGUUGGAGAAAGAUCAAUUCAAUAUUCAUGAAUUUUCAGGGAGUUAUUUCCAUUUUCUGAUUUUGCUUAAACUAAUGUACAAAAACAAGUGAAAACUAUAUAGUUGAUGAUGUAUUGAGUUACACUAAUGUUUAUAUGACUCUUCUCCUCUUCUUUUUGAGUGUCUCUCACUCACCUCUGGCCGAAAGGGCGCGAACAGGCUGUAUGUUGCCUUAUAACAUACAAACCAAAACUGAUGGGUGAUGCCAUCGAUCUAAUCCGUGGGUCAGUGACGCGGCCCAUGGUCAAUGACAGUCAACGCUAGUCGUGGGUCAGUGACGCGGCCCAUGUCAAAAACAGUCAGCUUUCUCUUCCGUCUUCUCCUAUAAAUUACACAUAUGUUUUGUGCACUUAUUGCAAGAAAUUGUAUAUCUAUUCAUAAAUUAGGCCUUAUUAUUGUUAUUAUAUUGUGUUUACCUUGUGUUUGUAAAAUCAAGUAACAUUCUACAAUUUCAUUUAAUUGAUAAGACAUCAAAUGCUUCCUUUAUAUAAGUUAUGUAUGGAAACAUUUGAGGGCGAAAGUCAAUUACUAACUAUUAUGAAUAAUUUCCCCAGAAUUAUGACGCGACAGAUGGUUUUUCCCCUGCAGCAAAGGACAAUGUGGAUGGAGAUUUUACAGAGCUCAUCAAAAACUUCCACCAUCUGAACAUGUCUGGAGAUGAGAAGAUGGACUGGGCUGAUCAGGAAGUGGGAGUGACCUGCUGCCAGGAAGAGGAGCACAAUGAGGAAAUGGAAUGGAUGACCUCAAGAAAUCCCAGCUUCUGCAUCUGGAGAGAAAGAAAAGAUGAGGAAGACCGCCUUUAAAUGAAGACAGCCUUUUUAAAAUCUUCAUUAACUAACCAUCUGUUGGGUGGCUUGGUCAUCAAAACAUUGGCCUAGUUCACACUCCUGUUGUACAACGCAUCUCACACAUCAGCUGUGAUACAAUUUAAGAAUCCUGUCAAUGGGUUUGUCUGCACGUAAACAAAGAUCCGUUGUAUCACCUCAGCGUGAACUAGGCCACUGUAGCCUAAAGAUGGCAUUGGUACACGCGUAGGGUUUUGUAAAUACUGUACAGUAGGAUAUAUGGUUAUACAAUCUAGAUUGAUAUGUAAAUAUGUUGAGUAUCUAUUUAUUUUCUCACUCAUCUGUCAUUCGUUGGCCUAUUUAAUGUUCUGAGGGCGAAAAGGGGAGGGGGGACGACUAAAAUAUUUGGAAUGUGUCCCUAAUGUUUUGUACACAGUGUAUAUAUUACCCCACAACAUUCACUCUUCCCAUUAGUCCUUGGAUUUAUUUUUGUGUAGCUAAUUCUCCUCAAAAAAGUACAUCUGCUGUCUAUUUGUUUGUCAAUAUUAAUGUGUUCAGUGUCUUGUCUCCUUGUCAAAUGAGUGUCUGUCAAUUUAGUUGUAUAUCUGUAUCACAUGAAGUUAUCCUUCGAACAGAGAAAGGGUGGUACCUAGUGGGGGCGGAGGGGUCAAAUAAAUCAACACAAACUGUGAAGUACUGAUAUUCAAUGAUGUGCAUAAAACGACUCAGACUGUAAAUUACAUUCUUAUUGGCAUUGA